AUGGGAAACGCCUGCUUCAAAUCCUGGAAAUACGACAGCACUGCAUCGAAAGGGGGGAACAGAAACUCGCCAGUUAGCGCUGGCUCCUCCUUCUUCCUGUCUAACAGCUGUGGUACAGGUGAGGGGUGGCUGAAGACCCUCAACCAAGGCGUGUGGAUCCCCUUCACAGGUGUUUUCGGGCAGCGCCUGGAGGAGACAGCGGUGUACGAGAGGCGAUAUGGGGAGCACCUGGCGCCCCUAGUGGUGGAGCAGUGCGUGGCGUUCAUCCGCGAGCGGGGUCUGCUGGAAGUAGGUCUGUUCCGCCAACCCGGCCAGGCCACACUGGUCAAGGAGCUGCAGGUGGCCUUUGACGCCGGGGAGAAGCCCACCUUCGACAGCAGUACAGAUGUUCACACGGUGGCGUCUCUGCUGAAGCUGUACCUGAGGGAGUUGCCGGAGCCCGUGGUCCCCUUCUCCCGUUACCAGGACUUCCUGCAGUGUGGCGAGAGAGUUCCCAACGGCAGGAGGCAGGCUUUGGCAGACCUGAAGAAACUUCUCCAUGAGCUGCCUGUGGCCAACUUCAACCUUCUAUAUUACAUCUGCAGGUUCCUAAACGAGGUCCAGUCUUACUCCCACAUCAACAAAAUGAGCACCCAGAACCUGGCGACCGUGUUUGGACCGAACAUCCUGCGCCCCAAAGCUGAGGACCCCGAGAGCAUAAUCGGAGGAGCGGCUCUUGUGCAGCAGCUGAUGUCAGAGUUGAUCUGGGAGUGCGGCAGCUUGUUUCUCAGAGACUCCAGCGGCACCGCUUCUGGCUCGGAUUCACUCCCUCGUCAGGGACAGAGAGACGAUCCACCCGAGGAGGCGCCGCCAAACCCUCCCGCUGCCCGCCCGCAGAGCCCCUUCCCGGGCACAGCCGCAGAGGGCCCCCCUCAGGCCUCCACGCCCCGCUCCCUCCAGCUCCCCCUGCCUGCCCUCGCGCCCCGGAGCCCGCUGGACACUUUCAGCCCCCGGUGCAGGGCGGGGAUGGAGCAACGGCCCCCGCCCCACGAGACGCCUUCCCCUGGGAACGCCAGCGAGCCUCUGUACGACAACUGCCCGUCCCCCUCCGAGCGGCUCUCCGCUGAGAGCGGAGGGGCCCCCACCCCGGCCGCCCCUCCCCCGGGCCCCGCAGCGGUUCCCACGCUCCGAGAGCCCCUGGAUGGCUGUGCUCCAGGCGGCUGGGGGAGCGUGGGCCGGCAGAGCUGGCCCAUGGAGACCGGGAGCAGACGCAGCAGCGGCGGCUCGCAGGACGGACACAGGGCCUGCGACGACGCGCACGAGAGCACCCUCUCCGUCUACGACAACAUCGACGGCCCUGCCCGCGCUGCCGACGACGACAGCGAGGCGGGCACCCACGGCGGUGGCGGCGCGCCCAACCCCCACGUGGCGGAGGACGGAAUGAACAGCGCUGACAGCAGCUCCUGGUCCUCCUGCGAAAUCGUCCUGGAGGAGAAGAAGGCCGCCGCCGUCCCGGGCUUCGGCCAGUUCACUUUCAGGACCGACCCGGAGGACUCCCAGCCCGAUUUUCCCGCCGCCUCCGUUCUGCCCAAUAUCUCCCUCAGCAGCGCCUGUGCGGACAUCUUCCUGUCCCCAACUGCCCCAGACCCCCUCCCGCCCCUGCCCCCCCACCUCGCGACCUCUCCCAACGCCAUGCGAUACAUCCUUGCUGGUCUCAAGCAGCAGAUGGCCAGGCAGAAGGAGGAAUACGAAGCCCAGAUCAGAAGCCUGGAGAAGCGGAACGAGGCCCUGCAGGGAGAAGUGUCCAGCCUCCGGUCCAACCUGGAGCAGCAGCGGUGCUGGUACCGCGUGGUGGACAUCAAGAUGCGCAACACAGAGCGCGCCCUGGCCGACGCCGACCGCCGAAACCUCGCCCUGCAGCAGGAGAUGGAGCAGUUCUUCGACACCUUCGGACAGCUCAACAACGAGGCCAAGAAGACAGAGCGCAUCCUUCAGGGCUUCUGAGCUCUGGGCAGAGCGUCGGCCUGCUCUGCUCCAGCGAGCAUAACAGUCAGCAUGCCAGUGACAAACUGCUGAUGACUGACACUGCAAUCACGGCACAGAGGCCAGGCGGCUGUCUACACAAGUCAAAGGGGGCGUUUGAGUGUUUUCCUCCAGGGUUUUUUCUGGACUACAGUUUUCUUCUCAGGUUUUUUUUUUCAAGUAUUCCUCAGUGUCCCUUUAAUUCGUUGGCCAGGAUCAGGCUCUCCCAGAUGGUGGGUGUGUAUGUGCACAUCAGAGCGAGAAUGGUGAUGCUGGUCACUUGCUCCAGCUAGUCGACUCGACCCAGAAAUCUUCAGGACUCACUGCGACAGAGGGGACACCAUUAUCUUUGAGUUCCACAAACUGGUUGCCUUUUUCAAUUUUACUAAAUUGCCAAUAUUAUGCCAGCUUUUUGAUUGUUACUGAGUAUAGAAUUAUGUAUACUGUAAAUACAAAUGGGCAUUCGAUUACAGACACGGACAACUUAAAACACAUUUUAUUUUGCCUUGCCUCAUUUUUGAACCCUCUUUACUAAUUUGUUGUAGAAGGUUAGGUAACUAUUGUGAAACAGGAGCAAGAACAUGCAAUAUUUAAGGGCUACGACUACAGUCACCAGGGGUACAUUCUUGAGAUCCCUUCGAAUGGGGCAAUCUGUCAAUACCGUGCUGUAAUUAUAAAUCAUUAUCAGGGGAUUUGUUCCCGACACAAAAAUAACUCAUCUUAUGACAUGUAAAAAUGCAAUAGCGCAGUGAUUAAUAUGGGUAUUUAUGCAAUUAUGUAAUAAACAUGUCAUAUGAAAAAAAAGCAACAGGGUGGGUGUUUGUGUGGCACUCUUUGGCCCAGGAACGGAGAGUUCUGCCUAGAGCUCUCAUCUGAAAUCACAAAUGGUAAAUCUGCGUGACAAGGGUCUCCUUUUCUGCGCGCUGGUGGAUUCACUUAUUACUGCCUAUUUGCCACCUAGUGGUAAAAUGAGGGUACUGUCAGAACCACUCUCAAUGAGAAACGGUACCAU